UGAAGUAGUAAGCGUUUGUGUUAGAUGACGGGGUGUUGCGCUUUUGGGUGCAGCCAGAGUUCUGGUAGUGGAAAAAAGUUGUUCGCCGUUCCGCUUCGAAAAGCCGAUCUGAAGAGGCAGAAGGUAUGGCUCCAUAUGAUUGGGAGAAAAAACUUCGUCCCUACCAGAAGCAGCAAGCUUUGUGAGGACCAUUUCGCACCGGAUCAGUUUGAACCUCGGAUCUGGCCGAGCCAUGGCAUCAAAACACUUAAACCAGACGCUGUCCCCACCAAGUUUAGCCAUAGGCUGCCAAAGCCAGUUCGAAGACCACCGCAAGAAAGGGAAAUGGGAAACAUCCAAGCAGGGGAGCCAAUGCAGGAGGAAGACAGCAUCCAGACGCUUCCAUUUCUGGAUUCAACUGCUGCUCUCACAGUUUACAAUUUCAGCACAAUUGCCUUGCCCACGCACACAGAGGCACAAUCCAGCAAAGUGCAAAACUGUGACCAGGAGUCUGUGCCUCAGGCGGGCCCUCCAGUUGGUUAG